AUGAGUGAAAUUGAAGAUUACAAUCAACAGAAACCAGGAAAAACGAGCAAGCAGCAUAACAUAUUACCAAUAUGGGGUAAUGAGCAGACUAUGAAUCUGAAUCCUUUAAUAUUAGCGAAUAUUCAAGGUUCUAGCUACUUCAAAGUGCAUCUGUUCAAGUUGAAGACGUACCACGAGGUUGUUGACGAGAUCUACUACCAGGUGAAACACCUCGAGCCUUGGGAGCGUGGGAGCCGGAAGACUGCCGGCCAGACGGGCAUGUGUGGCGGCGUCCGAGGGGUAGGUGCAGGGGGCAUUGUUUCUACAGCCUUCUGUCUUCUCUACAAGCUAUAUACCCUGCGGCUAACUCGAAAGCAAGUGAAUGGCCUUUUGCAGCACACAGACUCGCCAUACAUUAGAGCACUUGGUUUUAUGUACAUACGGUACACACAGCCUCCCGCUGACUUGUUUGACUGGUAUGUGGAUUACCUGGAUGAUGAAGAAGAGGUGGACCCUCGAGCGGGAGGGGGAGGCUCUACUACCAUAGGCGCUCUUGUGAGACAAAUGCUUAUCAAGUUGGACUGGUUCAGCACACUGUUCCCAAGGAUACCUGUACCCAUCCAAAAGCAGAUAGAACAGAAGUUAGCAGAGCAUAAUAGACAGAGCAAUGCCAGCAAGGGCGCCAACUACCGGGGCGGGGGUAUAGGCAACGGUAAUAACAGUAGUGCUAGUAGUGCGGGGAACUACAACACCGGCCGUACGGAGUCUGAUCGCCGCGAGCACGACGAUAGGGACAGACGCGAUUAUGGAGAUGCUGAGAAAUAUUCAAAAGAUAGACCAGUGAGACGCGACGACAGGGAUCGCGAGCGUGAGAGAGACAGGGAUCGUGAACGAGAUCGCGAUCGCGAUAAGGACAGGCGGGAUCGUGAUCGAGUUCGUGAACGUCACCGCGACCGAUCACGUUCACGAGACCGGCGUGAUCGGUCCCGCGAGCGACCGCGACACAGGUCACGCUCGAGAGACCGCCGCCACAGAUAA